AUGUAUAUAUCAAAUAUGGAACGUUGUAAUGUAAGAAUUUUUGCUUUAUCAAGAAAAAAAUCCUUUGCUGUUAAUGAACGGAAUAUUAACUAUUAUUUUACAAAUUCUUUAGAAGGGACAAAUAAAAAAUCUAACAAAGGAAGUAUCAAAAAUUUUGUAUUUUCAAGAUUUACAAAUGUACUCUUUCUUGUACUAUUGUUUUUUUUAAUGAAAGUUAGACUAAACACAAUUUCAUCAAACAAUUCUGUGUAUAAAGGUACUAUAAUAUCACAAAUUCAGUACAGUAAUAGGUACGUAAGAAACUUAGCUGUAUCAUUUAAUGAACAAGCUAAUCAAAGUAAUCUAAGUUGCAAAGAUUCUAAUCGUAAUGUGACUGAUAAUUCAUUAUCAACAGAACACAAUUAUAACAGUGGUAACAAGACAAAUGUAUUAGACUUAUUUCAAACAGUAGAUAUACCUGGUGAUAGCUGGAUUACACAUAAUAAUCAAAUGGAAAAUUUUUCUAAAGGUUCAUUGAACACAUAUAAUAAUCAGAUGGGGAAUUUUUCUAAUGGUGCAAUGAACACAUAUAAUAAUCAGAUGGGAAAUUUUUCUAAUGGUGCAAUGAACACAUAUAAUAAUCAGAUGGGAAAUUUUUCUAAUGGUACAAUGAACACAUAUAAUAAUCAGAUGGGAAAUUUUUCUAAUGGUGCAAUGAACACAUAUAAUAAUCAGAUGGGAAAUUUUUCUAACGGUGCAAUGAACACAUAUAAUAAUCAGAUGGGAAAUUUUUCGAACGGUGCAAUGAACACAUAUAAUAAUCAGAUGGGAAAUUUUUCUAACGGUGCAAUGAACACAUAUAAUAAUCAGAUGGGAAAUUUUUCUAAUAGUGUAAUGAACACAUAUAAUAAUCAAAAAGACAGUUCUUCUGAAGAUGCAUCAUAUACGAGUAAUAAUAAAAAGAAAUAUUCUAACAGCCUUUACAAGACAAGUGAAAAUAGAAAUCCUAAGGGGUCAAAAUACUACGAAAAACUAUCUGAAAAGGAAUUACAAAAAGAAAUAGAAAAUUUAAGUGAAUAUGUUCAUAUUAGGGAUAUGUUUAACAUAUAUAAUAGAUUGGUCUCUAUUGAAAAAGAUAAAUUUCAUAAUAUGCUGAAAGAUUUGAGUAAUUAUUGGGAAGAUCUAGCAAGAACUAUUAAUUUGAUGGGAAAUUAUAAGACCAGAAUAUGGCUCAAGGUCUAUAGGGACAUGUUAUAUGAAUUAUAUAAUACUGAACAACAGUCAUUUCAGAUAUUAACUUUAUCAAUAGAAGAUGAAAAAUUUUUAUCGUUCAUGUUUACUGAAACUAUAAAUUCAAUUAAAUCUUUAUGGGAAUCAUUUACAAAUAAUACGGAAUGCCACUGGAAAGAAUAUCUAAGUAAAAAUGCUAGCUAUUAA